AUGCACAACUUAUCUAAUUUUUGGUCAGCAAUUGACAGUGGCCCAUGUAGAGCUUACAAUUGGGCCAAUUUGGUGAAUGCAUAUUGCACCACCACACUGGAAAAUAGUAAACCUUUCAGCUCUGUACAAUUGGUGUGUGCUAUGGUGGCUUGGCUAGGAGCAUUCCAAUACGUGUUGGAAGUAGAAAAAACAUCCACAAGAUUUCACUCCAAGUCAAUUUUGCGAUUACAAGGCAGUUAUUAUGAUCAUAAUUUUGGUAAUGCAACAGCAGAACCAGCCUUAUACAUGAGUGUCUUCAAAUUUGAAACUAGGGUGCCAUAUACAACACUGGUCUUGAAAUUGUGCAUUCCUGCCAAGGGUUGCUUUGCAUCAGCUAUUACAGCUGAUCCAUCUCCUUGCUCUUAUGAUCAGCUUAAGCCGUUUCAAAAACAGGGACUUCAUGAAGACAUAGAAGAAGUUGAUAUUCUGGAUCACAAAGUGAAUGAUGGAGAAUUUGAUCUACGGCCAAUUAGUGUUUGCAAGGACAUCUGGAAACCUACCAAUUAA